AUGGCCAAAAGACAGAAAAACUUGGUCGACUGGAAGAUUGUUCUAGAUGAUGCUGCAGAUUCAGAGGUCUCAACUCCGUCUAGAAGAAGCCGAAGAACGGCACAGACAUCGCAGGCUCUGAGUGUGAAGCUCGAACGUCAAUCAGACAGUACAUCAUUACAAGUGGGUGAUUGUGUGUUGUUAAGCGGCACUUUCAAGGGUCAGAGAGGCUCCAGCAACUCAUAUGUUGCAAUUGUUGCCGACAUCCAGCUUGGAAUUAAGAAUUUCCUCGAUGUCCAGGUGCUUCCGUUCGUGAAAAGUUCAGAUGUGUCUCUGGACGAUCUUCCCGAAGAUGGGAUGGACAACGAGGUGUAUGUGGUCCCAGAAUUGUCAUUUAUCAGCUUGGCAGACUUUGUUGAGAAAGUUCAGGUUGUGUCAGCGCAGCAGUUCCACGAAACUGUUCUGGAUAUUUCUUCAUCAACCUUCGUUUGUCGAAGAGGCUGUGAUCGGUUCACUGAGCGAUUCUCUGAUGUUUUUGAUUAUAAAGACUGGCACACGCUCCUUUUGAAGAACUUUCACCAGGCUGUGGCUUUCAUUGCGGAGAAAACCCUGAUCAUUAUCUCGCCCAAUAAGGCCAAAUCUUCUACGCAAUCUCUCCGUCAACGGCUCCAGGUGUCUGAAAGUCCACUGCGGAAGCGGUACUUGGAGUCUUCAGAUGAAGAAUAUGAUGAUGAUUCGGAUGAUGUUGUCAAAGAAGAGGAAGAUGAUGAUUCAGACGAUGAGGAAGAAGAUGAGGAAGUAGAUGACAAAGAGGUUCUGGACGAAAAAACAGAUAAGGCUAAGCGAGCUCUGACCAAAAAAGAGCCAAAGGAGCCAAGGAAGAAACGUCAGGCCGCCUCGUCAUCACCCUCUCCGAAAAAACCGAAAAGAGACAAUGCCAAGGUCAAAAACCUACGUAGUAUGCUCAACAAGAACUUCAAGGUCAAAUCCGGAGCCUCCGCUGCCAGUCUUCCGUCGUUAUCGCCUUCCAAACCAGGAAAACAACAUAUGGGAACAUCUUCGGAUGCAUUCAGAGAGCUCAAGGAGAAAUUACAUGCGUCCGCCAGAAUAUCCUCUUUGCCCUGUCGAGAAGAGCAGGCCGACCAGGUAUUUGAUCAGUUGGCACUGGCCAUUGGUGAAGAAAAUGGAUGCUGUAUCUACGUGAGUGGAACACCGGGAGUAGGGAAAACAGCCACUAUUCGAGAUGUUGUUAGACAGUUGAAAGAAAUAUCUGAUAGCGGUGGGUUGAACAGCUUUCAGUAUUUCGAGAUGAAUUGCCUAAAGCUUCUUACACCGAAUUCCGCCUACGAGAAGCUUUGGGAGUACAUCCACGGUACCAAAGUGACGCCUUCCAAUGCUGCGUUGCUCUUGGAGGAUUAUUUCUCCCAAGAUAUCGACGACGAUAAGUCACGCGAGCUCAUCAAUAGCAGACAGCCGUUGGUGGUACUCUUGGAUGAAUUAGACCAGAUCGUCACCAAGAACCAGAGUGUCAUGUAUAAUUUCUUCAACUGGCCCACUUACCGUCAUUCCAAACUCAUCAUUAUUGCCGUGGCUAACACUAUGGACUUACCUGAGAGGAUGCUUUCCAAUAAAAUCUCGUCUCGUUUAGGAUUACAUCGGAUCCAGUUCAGUGGAUAUACGUUCAAGGAACUUGGAUUGAUCAUCGAAAAUCGAUUGACGUAUUUAACCGAACAAAACCGACGGAAAGUGACUUUAGGAGCCGAUGCCGUAGGUUUCGCCUCGAGAAAAGUCGCCAGUGUCAGUGGAGAUGCCCGGAGAGCACUAGCUAUUUGUCGUCGAGCAGUUGAGAUUGCCGAACUGGAAUUCCUCGAGUCUGCCAACGUGGACGGCGUUCCUGAAGAAGAGCAAACGUUUUCGAUUUUGAUUUCCCAUAUUUCUCGAGCCAUCAACGAAACCGUCAACUCCCCGCUUGCACAGCUUCUCUCGUCACUAUCUUUUGCAUCUAAAUUGAUCUUGGUGGCAGUUCUUCUUCGAAUCCGGAGAUCGGGGCUCGCUGAAAACAGUUUGGGCGAUAUCAUUGACGAAAUGAAAAAUUCGCUUGCCCUUUUAACUACAAAGGAAAGUUCAGUCACCUUGCAAGAUAUCUCGGCUUCUGCAAGUAUGAUGGACUUGCUCUACAGUACCGGAGUGGUUGGGGAUUCUCCGAAGCAGAUAAACAUUCGAAUGUUUGCCAUGUCGCAAUUGGUCAACGAACUAGUUGAGCACGGCAUUCUUGUACAGCAGAAUAUUCGAAGUGAGAGGUAUAGACUCGUUUCACUCAAUAUUUCUGAGGACGAAGUGUUCAAUGUAUUGAGAAAAGAUCGCGAAAUCGCAUCCAUGUUCUAA